UAGAUCGUUGAAUAACAUGGUUCUGGGGUGUUUUGAUUACCCUUUAAACCUUCAUAGAACGGACAUGGAAUGUUGUGCGCAAUUAACCUACUCUCCAAGUACCGUGGAGAAUCAAUACGAAACCUUGACAGCAACUAUGUUAGGUUGUUCCAAUAAACGAAAGCUUUCAGACACGGAUUGCAACGAGCCGCGAUCUAAGAUAUCAUCGACAAGAAAUGACAUUCUAGAUAACAGAAAAUCAUUCUCUAUGACCGGACAACGUUCAUCACAAACGAACAAAGCACGUAAUUAUGACGUCAAAACUGUAAAACGGCAGGCACAAACCAAAAAGAAGAAGAUUGACAUGACUCUGGAUUGGCUAGAGAAAAACUACGUGAUAUGCGAUGGCGUGUGUCUUGCCCGAUGUAUUCUAUACAGCCAUUACCUUGACUUCUGCAAUAAAAGCAACAUUGAACCAGCUUGUGCUGCUACUUUUGGCAAGACGAUCCGUCACAAGUUUCCGUUACUAACCACCAGGAGAUUGGGGACACGUGGCCACUCAAAAUACCAUUACUACGGCAUAGGAAUCCGGGAAACAAGCAUUUACUACAACUCUGUAUUCGCUGGUAAAGGGUUGACACGGUUUUCUCCGGCUCUCAAGCACGAAACAGAGUCAUCGGCCGACGGUGUUGGGCAAUAUCCACGUAAUUGCAUGCGAAGGUUUCUGGACGAAUUUCCUGAUGCGUCGCAAUUUAGUGAGACAGGGGAAAUUCCAAGAGAAACAGUACAGGAUUUCCUUUCUUACUACAAAGGAUACUGUGAGCGAAUUAUAAACGCGGCUGGAACGCGAUCUUUUGACCUUAUCCCCUCUAUUCAUCUGGGUUGUUGGGAGGGCUUUGCAUCUCAGUAUUUGGGAAUCUUAAACAAUGUUGUCAUCAUUGACCUUAUUGCACUGUGUGAUAUCUUAUUGCAUGAGAGCUUGACUGAUCUACUUCUACCAGCAGCAUGCAACAACAUGACAGAAAUAGAACUACUGGAAGUACGCAAUGUAGGAAAGCAAUGGGAAGGCUGGGUGAAAGCUUCAUUAGUGGGAUGUCCUGAGCAACUUUCGGUGAAAAAGUCACUCAUAGCUCAACAGUUUGGGCAAUCUCUGGUUCGACAAACUUCAUUUGUGAAUCUUUCCAGGACUGUUCGGGCUAUAAUGGAAGACAGAGCAACAGUGACGCCAAUGCUAAGAGACAUUGAGAACAUUGACCUCAAAAGCAUGGGAUCCCAGGCUUUCUAUGCAAAUACUGAAAGUGAAGAUCAAGAUACAGACCUUAAUUCAGAAUUGAUCAAAGAGUUAAAGGACUUGUUAAACAAGAGAGCAAACGUUGAUAUGUUUGUGGAGUGGUUGGAUAAUGUUGUGGAUCAAAAGGUGAUCAAACCAAGCAAACAAAAUGGCAGGUCCAUGAAAAAACGAGCUCAAGACUUUCUUCUGAAAUGGUCUUUCUUUGGGGCAAGAGUGAUGCAUACAUUAACCAUUAACAAUGCUGUCAGUUUCAAUUCGUUUCAUUAUCUCCGUAUGCUAAUGGAUGAAUACAUUCUCUUUGCUGUAGAGACGCAAUUCAACAACGAAAAGCGGCAAGAGUUCAGAAAUUUAGUUGCAAAACACAUCAAACACACAAAGUCACCAUCAACCAGCAAUGCAGUUCUAACCUACCCAACUACAAGUCCUAUUUACCCAGAUGAAGGAUUACGUGGAAGAAAGGCUUGGGAGCAACCAUGGCCAUCGGAAGCUUAUUCUUCUAAUAUGCCACUUGGUUAUACUUCAGUUGAUGUUACUACUAAAAGUUCACUACCUACUGCUCUCAAAGAAAAUGAUUCUUAUUACACUACAGAUACACAAGGCCAGGACUAUGCAGCAGACUACAGCGUAAUGCCGUACGCUUCUGAAUAUGGGAUGUAUUCCUACAACAUGCAACCACGACCGUAUGUAAACCUCUUUUAAUAUACCUACCUAAUG